AUGGAUACAUCAAAGUUGAAUAAGCACAUCAGGAAGGGUGACAGGAAAGAAAGAAAAGAUUUGGGGGGGGGGAUUUGGAGCUGUGAACAUACCCCAUGGCUUCCAAGUUCCAGUCCAGGCGGAUUUGGAGAUUGGAUACAGGCUACAGCUCUCAACAGCAUUUUUGGCAGAGAUCCUGGGGUCCACUGUCUUUCAAGUGAAAAAUUAAAGGUCUUAACGGUAUCAUCUGUAGCCCUUCCUGGUCCCCUAGAAUCUCUAGGGUUUUCAGGAGGAGCAUGUGAGGGUCUUGGGAGAGACCAUCAGUUAGGGGUGAGGAUGGGUCAGGUUGGGGCAAAAAAAUGCUGA